CCGACAGCCGCCAAGUUUUAAGGUGGUCUGGAGAAAGAUCUUGUGUCGAACCUGUUGACCCCUUACCUGGACACCGUUAUGCAGAAGCCCAACCAGUUCAGGGCAGAUUAUUGUCUCGUCGGUCUCGAUAACGGCGAUUAGGGCAAUCCCUGACCGGAGAGGUGUCUCAGACAGAGGGAUGACUAACAAGGGAUGCCUCUGAGAUCACACUAAUAUGACGGAGGAUAACAUGAGAAUGAUUAAGCGACGUGAACAUGCUCUGGAUAAAUCAAGGUCUAUAUGGUGAUAUGAAACUAUCGGCCAUGCAAUGCAACGACAACAAGAAAUCAUGCAUCAUUGGUUCUUGUUGGGGACAUUUGCAGAAGGACAAGACUGGGGACAGCUGGACGUGAUUCUUUGGAAUUCCCUGCUCCUGCCGCUCUCCUGAUCUGUCGGACUGAGAGCCGGACAGUAACGGAGUGGGACAUCAGGGAAGUCUUGGGGGAAAUCCAGUGCAAGUGUGAGUAAGGGUAUCUGUUUUUGGAAGACCCCCUCGUUGGAUGCACUGACAGCCUUCUGCGGCUCAGAAAGAACAGAGCCGGGUUCCCGAGCUCGAUCUGGGGCUCUGUCCCCUGGUGGAGGGGGGACGCAGGAGUACGGAGGGUCAGCACAUUGGCCGUCAAACCAAUAGCCAGCAUCCCUCCGGUGACCAUGUACCCGCAGGGUAGACACCCGGUACCUCUGCAGCCUGGACAGUCAUUCAAGUUCACGGUGCUGGAGACUCUGGACCGCAUUAAAGAGGAGUUCCAGUUCCUUCAGGCUCAGUACCACAGUCUCAAACUAGAGUGUGAGAAGUUGGCCAGCGAGAAGACGGAGAUGCAGCGCCACUAUAUCAUGUACUACGAGAUGUCUUACGGGCUCAACAUUGAGAUGCACAAACAGGCGGAGAUCGUGAAGCGACUCAGUGCUAUCUGUGCUCAAAUCAUCCCUUUCCUCUCUCAGGAGCAUCAACAGCAGGUUGUUCAGGCGGUGGAACGUGCCAAACAGGUCACCAUGGCAGAGCUCAAUGCCAUCAUAGGGCAGCAGCAGCUCCAGCACCUGUCUCACCACACUCCAGGUAUUCCUCUCACUCCUCACCCUUCAGGUCUAUCUCUGGGUGGCACGUCGGGGCUGCUGGCCCUCACCGGGGCUCUGGGAGUCUCUGCCCACCUGGCCAACAAGGACGAACGCAACCAUCUAGACCCCGAGCACCUGCGAGAGGGUGCGCCCAGCAGGAGUAAAUCAGUGUCGUCAACUGACAGUCAGGCAGCGGAGGAUCGUCAGGGUCCAUCAGGGGUUUAUCCCUCACAGGCCAGCAGCGAUGCCAAACGAAGACGAUGUGAUGAAAAAGACGUCCUCCCGUCUCACUACGACAGUGAUGGAGACAAGAGCGAGGACAAUCUUGUAGUAGAUGUCUCAAAUGAGGAGCCGUCCUCUCCUGUAGGCAGUGGCCCUCUGUCUCCACAUGGGAAUGGUUUGGAUCGAGCCCCGACCCUGAGGAAAGAGCUCCCAGGAUCCCCUAGUCCCCCUCCGGCCUCCCCACCACACAGCCCACCCCCUGGCAAAAACAAGGACACGGCACAAACAGAAAAAUCUCAGUCGCCCUCCUCUAAAUCAGGCAAUUCCUCUCCCUCUCACCAUGAACCUCUCACCCCUGGCCCACCAGGGCCCAGCACUUCCUGUUUACGCUUGGUCAACAAACCUGCCUCCUCGUCAGACCCUCUGGCUCUGAGGAGUCCCUUGACCAUGACGCCCGCUUCUUACCCGGCUCACUUCGGGGUGGUGUCCCACGCUGGGCUAAACGGAGAGCUGGCCAGCCCGGGGGGCUUUGGAGGCUCGCUCACCCUCUCGCCCCAAAUCAGUGCUGCAGCCAGUGCCUACACGCGCAGCCCUAUGGUAGCAUACGAAUCUCGUUCUCAUCUUAGGCCCUCAGGGCUGUCCUCCUCUCUGCCUGGCUCCUCUGGUGGCAAGCCAGCUUACUCGUUCCACGUGAGCGCAGAUGGUCAAAUGCAGCCGGUGCCCUUCCCUCCUGACGCCCUCCUCGGCCCUGAUCCACGUCACGCCCGUCAGAUCCACACGCUCAGUCAUGGAGAGGUGGUGUGCGCGGUGACCAUCAGCACCUCCACGCGUCACGUCUACACCGGCGGGAAAGGCUGCGUCAAAGUGUGGGACAUCAGCCAACCAGGCAGCAAGAGUCCAAUGGCCCAACUGGACUGUUUGAAUCGAGACAACUACAUCCGAUCAUGUAAGAUUCUCCCAGAUGGGCGGACUUUGAUAGUUGGGGGCGAGGCCAGCACGCUGUCAAUCUGGGACUUGGCCACGCCCACUCCACGCAUCAAGGCCGAAUUGACGUCCUCAGCUCCGGCCUGCUACGCUCUGGCCAUCAGUCCCGACAACAAGGUCUGCUUCUCCUGCUGCAGUGACGGAAACAUCGUGGUCUGGGACCUGCACAACCAGACGCUCGUCAGGCAGUUCCAAGGUCACACAGAUGGAGCCAGUUGUAUCGAUAUUUCCAACGACGGGACCAAACUGUGGACGGGAGGUCUGGACAACACUGUGCGCUGCUGGGACCUGAGAGAGGGCCGACAGCUGCAGCAGCAUGACUUCACCUCACAGAUCUUUUCUCUGGGUUACUGUCCUACGGGAGAGUGGCUUGCAGUGGGGAUGGAGAGCAGUAAUGUGGAAGUGCUGCACGUCUCCAAACCAGACAAAUACCAGCUGCACCUUCACGAAAGCUGCGUUCUCUCGCUCAAGUUCGCCUACUGCGGGAAGUGGUUUGUAAGCACGGGAAAGGACAAUCUGCUCAAUGCAUGGAGGACGCCGUAUGGAGCCAGUAUUUUCCAGUCAAAGGAGUCUUCAUCCGUCCUGAGCUGUGACGUGUCCCCAGAUGACAAAUAUAUUGUAACUGGUUCUGGGGAUAAGAAAGCCACGGUGUAUGAGGUGGUGUAUUGAACACAAAGAUGGAUGGAUGAACAUACAGCGCAUAAGUCUGAAACAAUCAUGGAUGGCAUGGCAGGCAACCAUAGCUCUUCUAUUUGCAGUCCUUUCGCAACCAUUUGAGAAAUAGAAAAUUUUGUUCGGAAUGGCAUACUACCAUACUAUUCAUACUAUUUGUAGUUGAUAUACUGUGCAGUUUUCUUCAGAAAUUUUCUGUAUACAUAAAAUACCCAGCUGACAUACUAACAGUGCUGGGUAGUAACUGAUUACAUGUAAUCUGGAUUAUGUAAUCAGAUUCAAAAAAUUAAGUAUUCAUAAUCUGAUUAUAUUACAUUUUAAAAUGCUCAUAAUCAUAUUAUAGUUACUUUAAGGAUUACAUGAUUACAUAUUAUUCACACAAUCGCAGCAAAUUAUACAUAAUUCAUUUUUUUUUUUUUUUCUUAAAAAGUAGUCAUAAUACAUUAACUAAAAUAAGUAACCUAGAUUACAUUACUAACUACAAUUUUCAUCAUAAUCAGUAAUGGACUGCAAUUUGUAAAGUAAUCUACCCAGCACUGCAUGCUAAUUUUUAACAAAAUGUCUUGUAUAAAAUACUAUGUGGGAUACUGUAUCCUAUGGCAAUGUUCUCAGUUUGACCUUCCAGUUUUAAGUCGGUAUCUAUUUUCUCAUUUUUGCCUUGUAAAUUUAAUCACAAGGCAUACUGUUUUUUUUUUUGUUUUUUUUUAAUUAUCAUAAUACAGAAGAAAAUACUAGUUGCUGCUUCUGUAACUUUGACUUUUACAAUAAUGGAAGAAUAAUUAGCAACAUAUUUUUUGUGACAUUAUUGGACAACAACUUUGGACCAAAAAUGUAAAUCAACAAAGUGGACAGCUCUCGCCAAAUUAAAUGUGCAACAAUGUAACGUACUACUAUAAAUCUUAACAUCCUUCUGUUCUCAUUUUACAUCCUAUGCUUUUAUAUAUAUAUAUAUAUAUAUUUUUUUUUUUAACAGUAUGUAGUACACAGUAUAAACUGCGAAGUAUGCAGUAUGCUAGUAUUCCAUUACGAACAUAGUAAGUGGGGAGGUUUUAAUUAGAACAGUCUCCAAGCUAAAAGAGGAAGCCCCACAGACAGCAGGUAUUUAGGGAGCUUCUACUUACAGAAACACCAAAACCAGACAAUCAUUUCAUUAGUCGCAAGCUCUCUCCAUAAAGCGAGCACAGCAUCUUCCCUCCAACGAAAAAAGAUAAUUUGGAGGCUCCUGGCUCACGUUGGAGCAUCUCCGGAUGAACACGAUAUGGGCGUACAAACAAUUCUCCACUCGCCUAUCCAACCCAAUUAGACAUUCAUGUGGCAAAUCCCAGUCGAAUUCUCCAACCUGCAUUUAAUUUCCUCCUUGCACAAGUCAGUGUCUAAUGAGGAGCAAGGGUAAAUCAUGCAGGAUUCGUGCGGCAAAUAUUCACAACCACGACCGUUCGGUUUUUAAUUCCUGUGGAUUAUCAUACAGAUGUUGCGCUCAUUUGUGGUUUAAUGCUCAUUUUCAUGUCAUUAAUUAUCUUUUAGCUUUGCAUGGGGAAAUCUUUUCAUGAUUGUUCUACUUCAGUAAGAUGAUGCAAAUACCGAAAUAUUCAAAACUGGUAUAUGGUAUUUCAUCAAAAAUUUUAAGAAUUGUUCAAAUGUAUAAAGUAAUGUGAUGUUUAAUGCAGAACAAUUAAUUACAAAAAUAGGUUCCAAAAAAGAAAUAAUGUAAUUAAUCAACGCAGCAUGGAACAGAAUGCAAUAGUGUCUUUAUGAAGAUACACUUAUUCUAAUUUAAGGAUUGCAAAUAUUACAAUAUCAGUAUCAGCAAAUAAUUAAUAGGGAUGUCAUGCAAUUAAUUUAAAUGCAUUUUUUAAUUAAUUGACAUCCCUGAAUGUACAUUUUCAUAAGGUAAAUGAAAGAAAUGCUUGAGAGGUCCUAACACAGAGCCCUGAUGCACACCAUCAAUAAGAAGAGCUGUGGUUGCCAACCUGACCAGGAAUGUUCAAGGAGAGACACUACAGGAUUCAUCGAUCACAUGCACCAAACAUCCUGCUGGGAACAGAUUUUUUUUUUUUUUUAAUUAGUUUUUUGUUCAUUCUUCUUUUGAUCUAUAAAGCUUUUCUCAGCACUCAGAAAAUGGUUGGAUGAGUCAAACCAAUUAGGUUUGUGAACAGAACGAAUUGUAUCAUUAGGUUCUUUCUCUUUUUUAUGGCAAUAGUAAGCAGUGUUACUACAGUGUUUUGAUGAGUCUGUUUAUAAUGCAGAAAGUGCAGUGUUUAUUUUUUUCUUUUUCGAAUAGCUGAAAAUAUGGCUGCCUGCAAACAGUGGCAUUUGUCUGUAUCAAGACAGACCGGCUCUGCUGCACGAUCUGUCUGACAUUAUGCUAUCUGAAUAUCUGUAUCUAUCCUUAUAUAAUGCAUUGUUUGUAUACUGAGAACAAUGUUCACCAUCACGAUUUUGUUAAAGACGCUCUCUCUCGAAAGCCAAGGAUCUUUUUCGAAGGCAUCGCUGUAAUAUCCCUGUAGCACUUCCCAUGUGAUGUAAAAGAUGUGUACAUUGACAAAUUAAACUUGUGGUCAUCUUUUGAA